CUGUCUUCGUCCUUCGAGAUUUAAUUCUUCACUAUGUAGUAGCCCUGCUACGCGCUAAGCCUAUCGCACAAGUUUAAGAGGUAGAAAGAAAAAAUAAAACUAGGUACUUUUUCGAUUAGUUAGUCUGGCCACACUAACAACAGUCUACCUGUCAAACCGCCACCCGUUUAAAUUCAUUCUUGUCCGUGCGCGCGCGGCGUUCGCACAGGUUCCUACAAUAUUUAAACAUGUCAAAGCGAAGUCAUGAAAGUGCUACGCAAGGUGAAUCUCGUGAAGAGAGAUGGUUAAGGAAGUUGAAGUUAUAUGAAGAAAAAUUGAGUGCGAAAAGAAGUCGGCUUGCUGAAAAUCAGCAGAUAUUACCUCCAGUUGAAGGAGAAGUACAAAUUGAAGAACAUCCCGAAUAUAAUGAGGGUAUAUUGGCCGGAUCUCAACAGCCCACCCAUAUAGAAGUUGUGUUACCAGCAGACACCGAAAGAACGGCGCCUAUAGAUACUGAGGCUGCUGAGUUUAGCGAAAUGACGGAAACGACAGCAUGUACGAGCCCUAACUGCACUACGUGCUACGUUAUUGAGGAAAAUAUGGACGUCAGCGAUUAUGAUCCCGAUCUGUUACGAGAAUUAGGAGAUGAAGAAGCAGAUCCCGCUGAAUUCGGAGACGACUUGCAAGCGGAUGUUGCCGCAAGAUUCCAACGAAUAUUACAAGAUGGUCUUAAUAAAGAGGAAAAGGAUGGCCUUAUUAAGAAAUACCCUUAUCCUAAAAAUAUCCCAUUAGCCAAAAGUCCAACUCUAAACCCGGAAAUAAGCGUUAACUUAGCGGAGGCGUGUAAGUUAAGAGACAAGAGACUACUUUCAAAGCAAGAUCAGCUUGGUAAAACACUUUCAGCUUUGGGAAAGGCAUUAACUCCGCCUACUUAGCUUACUCUGAAAUAAUGAAUUUAAACGGGUGGCGGUUUG